GUUUCAUAUACAGCUGUUUUGUUUCUAUAGACUCUGCUUAAAUGGAAGCCACUUCUGGGAACUUGAUGGUCUCUACUGACAUAGGCUUUGCGUAGCAGCUGUGCCACCCCAGAGAUUGCAAUGAGUGGAGGAGGGGAACAGCCAGAUAUUCUUACUGUGGGGAUAUUGGUAAAAGAAAGAUGGAAAGUGAUAAAGAAGAUUGGAGGUGGAGGAUUUGGAGAAAUUUACGAUGCAAUGGACAUACUUACUCGAGAGAACGUUGCACUGAAGGUCGAGUCAGCACAGCAGCCAAAGCAAGUUCUGAAAAUGGAAGUAGCUGUGUUGAAAAAACUGCAAGGGAAAGAUCAUAUUUGUCGAUUCGUAGGCUGUGGAAGGAAUGACAGAUUUAAUUAUGUGGUCAUGCAAUUGCAGGGGCGGAAUUUGGCAGAUUUGCGUCGAAGCCAAACUCGAGGGACUUUCACAAUUAGUACAACAUUACGUCUUGGGAAGCAAAUUCUGGAGUCUAUCGAGAGCAUUCAUUUGGUGGGAUUUUUACACAGAGAUAUUAAACCAUCUAAUUUUGCUAUGGGACGCUUUCCUAGUACUUGGAGGAAGUGUUAUAUGCUGGAUUUUGGCUUGGCACGUCAGUUUACAAACUCAUGUGGGGAUGUCAGACCACCCCGAGCUGUUGCCGGUUUUAGAGGUACAGUGCGGUAUGCAUCAGUCAAUGCUCACCGAAAUAGAGAGAUGGGACGUCAUGAUGAUCUUUGGUCUUUGUUUUACAUGUUGGUGGAGUUCGUGGUUGGACAACUGCCCUGGAGGAAAAUUAAAGACAAGGAGCAAGUAGGCUCUAUAAAAGAGAGAUAUGAUCACCGGCUGAUGCUGAAACAUCUCCCUCAAGAAUUUAACAUCUUUUUAGAUCACAUUUCUUCUUUAGACUAUUUUACUAAACCUGACUACCAGCUUCUCAUGUCCGUUUUUGAUAACAGUAUGAAGAAUUUUGGGGUGACAGAGAGUGAUCUGUUUGAUUGGGAAAAGAGUGGGGCUGAUGGUUCUCUUACCACCACCACCACUUCAACUACUCCUCAGCUACAUACUCGACUGACCCCAGCUGCUAUAGGAAUUGCCAAUGCUACACCAAUACCAGGAGAUUUAUUACGAGAGAAUACAGAUGAAGUAUUUCCUGAUGAACAACUCAGUGACGGUGAGAAUGGUAUCCCUAUUGGAAUCUCACCAGAAAAGUUACCAGAGUCUCCUGGACAUCGUCUUCAGGAAAAGGAUGUGUGGGAAGAAAUGGAUGCUAAUAGGAAAAAGAUUAAAUUGGGCAUCCAUAAAGCUACUACAGAAGAAGAAAACAGUCAUGGGCCAAUUAAUGGAAUGUUUAAUGCACCAAGCCUUGGUUCUCCAAUUAGAGUCCGCUCAGAGACCACACAGCCAGAUCGGGAUGUUCCUCUGGUACGAAAAUUACGAUCAAUCCAUAGUUUUGAACUGGAGAAGCGCCUGACUUUGGAGUCAAAGCCAGAUGCAGACAAAUUUCUGGAAAUCUGCAUGGAGAAAAAGAAAAGAGAGCUUAAUGGUGGCAGUGGCAAAGAACCUGUAAUUCCAGCUUCUCAGAGAAUACGGGUUCCCGCAGCUUCUUCCGGUCAGGAACAUGUCUGGCAUUAUGAUGAAGAGUAUCUGCCUAAAGCUUCCAAGCUGGUUUCAAGUCCUUCUCCAGAACAGGGUGAUGGUGGUGUUAGCAAUGGAUACGUUGCUGUCAAUUUGAAUUCUUGCCAGCAGGAAGUAGACUCCAAGGAAUGGGUGAUUGUUGAUAAAGAGCAGGACCUUCAGGAUUUCAGAACUAAUGGUGCUACAGGGCAUAAAACAACUGGAAGUCCUUCUGAUGAAGAACCUGAGGUACUCCAGGAUUUUGAAGAGUCUCCCCAAGAGGAUAAACUUGGACUUCAAACCAAGCAUACACCUGAUGGAGCAGCACUUGAUUUGGGCGCUGAAUGUCGUGGAAUUGCAGCUUCUGAACAGUUUACAGAUCAACUAGAACUCCCAGUUGGAAUUGCUGGUCAUGCUUUUGCUGUCACACCUACAAGCCUAAUGGAGGCACAAGCAGAAGGGGCUCUUACUCCAGUUACAAUCCCCAGGCCAUCAAUGGCAUCCACACAGUCUACGUCUGAGAGUUUUCAUUAUGGGCAUCAUCUAGACAAGAAAGAUCGGGAUCCUCGCGUUUUGGAACACACAGUUGAACUUUCCUCCCCUAAGGAGAACGUUGCUGGCUUGGUUGAGGCAAAUGGUGCAUUGACUUUUAGCAGCAGUAGAACAGAUUUAAUUCUCAAAUUAGAUUGCAACCAAGGGACACUUGAUAAAGAUGUUGAUGAAGGCAUUGAAAAUCAGAAUAAUAGCCAAACAAAUCUACUUGAACAAUACAUGAAGAAACAAGAAGGAAGGGAAAACAUGAACCUUGUUGAAGGAAUAGAAGACAAAGAGCCUUUCAUUGUUUGUGAAGAUGUUAUUGAAAUACAAAUUAAAGAACCCUGCUUGACUGCUUCAAGAAGCACAGAAUCUGUUUUGGAUGGACCUCAGGUUAUUACAGACCCAGAAGAACCAAGACCUUUGGGUAGCUGCUCCUUACUGAAUCAGGGCACAAAACAGGAAUUACAGAAACAGUCAGCUGCUGAAACAUCAGAUGUUUCUCUGUCAAGAAGUACUGACCUAUUUGCUUACAAACAGGAAAGUCAAGAAAUACAAGUACAUGAAAAUGGCUUCCACGAUGAGGAUAUUGAUCAUGCUAAGGAACUGCAAUGCCAGCAAGUGAAACUUGCCACACUUCUGCAUGAAAAGGAAAAAGAAGAGCAAAGUAUUCAAAGAAAUGGAGAACCAUUCUAUUCUAUUUCAGAGAGUGAAACCUCUAGUCAGUCCAAAAAAGAAUUGGUUAGAUCACCAUUUGUAGCCAGGCAGAGUCGCAUACCGGUUUUAGCACAAGAGAUGGAUUCCUCAUCAGAAUCUUCUCCUGUUUCAGCAAAGGAGAAGCUACUCCUAAAAAAGGCCCACCAAACAGACUUGGUUAGACUAUUGGUAGAAAAGAGACAGCUCAGAUCUUUCCUGGGUGACCUUUCAAGUGCCUCCGACAACUCACUGAAGGAAAAAGUAGUUGCAGGUCCUGUACCGCUUUCAGAAGAUGUAUUGACCUCCUUUUCCAAAUUAACAUUGGACACUCAUUUACGGAGUCAAGUACAAGAGAGCUUUUUGUCAUCAAGUAAUCCUCAACCCAGAAAGAGCAAAAUACCAAGACCUGUAUCUUGGACUACUACAGAUAAUACUAGCAGUUCAAACUCAGCUCAGUUUUUUCCUCGGCCACCCCCAGGAAGGCCACCAACAAGGCCUGGAGUAGAGGUUAGGUUGCGGAGGUACAAAGUGCUAGGAAGUAGCAGUUCUGAUUCAGACCUGAUCUCCCGCCUGGCUCAGAUCCUUCAGAAUGGAUCUCAAAAACCACGAAGCCCUUCACAGUCUAAGAGUCCAGGAUCUCCACAUAGCCCCAAGACUCCACCCAAAAGCCCAGUCAUUCCCAGACGCAGUCCCAGUGCCUCCCCUAGGAGCUCUUCUCUGCCCCGUACUGCCAGUUCUUCACCAUCUCGGGGUGGAAGGCCACACCAUGAGCAGAGAAGUUCAUCCCCACAUCCUGGAAGGAGUAAAUCGCCUCCUAGCCUUUCAGGCUCUUCAUCUUCCAGGAGAUCCUGUCAACAAGAGCACUGCUACAACAAAUCUAGCAAGAACGGUCUGAAAGGAUCUAGUGGCUCUUGCCAUCACUCUUCUAGCAUUAAACCUCCCACUGGGAAGAACAAAACAGCCAAUAAACUUAGCAGAUAGGAACUGAAUCUUGUCAAGUGUCAACCCCCCCCUCCCCAGUCAAACUAUUGCAUGUUGUGUCUGUGUACUAUGUAUUUAAAAAAAAAAAAGAAUCGUCUUCAAAGAUUAGCAAUUAUCCUGACUUUUGGAGAAAAACAACUUUUAAGAUGAAUUAUUUAUAUGGCUCACUUUGUAUAGGAGUGGCCAGGCAUUGCCCAGGAAAGGGCAGCAAGCAGAUCAGGGAAGCUGGAGAGCGGAGAUGGAGCAGCCAGAAAGUCCAUCUGGAAUCACAUUGUUUGGGAGAUUAGUGUUUUAAGAUGAUUUUGCUUUCCUUUUUAUUUAUUAAAACAAUAAGCUGACUCUAGAUGUUCAUCAAGGAAAAUUAUAAAACCUGAAAGAAAUGUACUGGGAUACUACUAUGCUUGAGGUUUAAUCAGCUGCUAUGUUUUUAAAGAUUUUAAAAAGCACAUCAUU